AUGCAGAGAAGGACGCCCAUGACGAUGAGAACAUCUUCGAGCAACGUGCAAAGCUCGACCAGGUGCUGCAGUUCUUCGAGCUGGAGUACGAGCAUCCCGUCCUGGAGAAGUAAUACGGCCAGGAAGUUCAGUGGAUAUUUUGACGACCCGCAGAGGAUGGAAAGCAUGCGAGUGGAAUACUACAACUGCAUCAACGCCAUCGAGUUCCAGAGCGAGGUUCUCUCCCAGCUGGUCGAGGAGCUUCUUGGCUUGCGCGGCGCGCUGCGGCGCGGCGAAGCUCUCGAGAUGUCAAAGAAGGAUCUUUCAAUCCGACUGGCGAACCUCAAGCUGGACAUCUCCGACAGGAAGACGAAGCGCUUCUUCAAGGAGAAGGAGCGGCGGCAGCUGGUGGAGACACUUAGCCCGGCAAUCGCGGAAGCCAAGACACAGCGGCUCCUUGCCGAGCAAGCAGGCAGCGCAGUUGAGAGCACUCCCAUGGAUGCAGCCCCGCAGUCUGCCCACAUGGAGGCGACUGCCUCCGAUUGCGGCAAGCACCCUUCGUCCGGCACCCGUCAGAGGCGCUACAAGCACUACAGUGACAAAGAGUUGGCAUCGCUGCUGCGCGAGAAGGUGCCGACUGUACAUGCUCACUACUGCGUCAGUGCCAUCGAAGUCAGUUUGCGAGAUUUGUGGAGUGUGAGACGACUAGCCGCCCAGCUGGCGUCUUCAGCGGGUACGGUGCCUUUCAACUUCACUCAGAGCUUGUUUUCCAAACCCAGGUUCGCUCAAUUCAUUGGUGAAUACAAGCAUGCGACCCCGUUCCUCCGCGCAAGAACGCAGUCUGUGACCUUGCUGGACAGGAGGAACCUCACGUACAUGAGGGACGAAGGCGCACAGAAGCGGCGGAGACAAGCUGUCUGCCACAUCCAAGAAAGGAAGUUUGCGCGAGACGAUGCCAAUCGAUGCCACAAGUGCGCAUCCCUCCGUACUCGAGCCUUGAGAAAGCGAUUUGUGUUGAUUCGAAGAAAAGUGGCGACUCCUGGCCAGGCAUGGCUACAAGUCGAUGAAGGCAUCAGCGAUGCGGGUGACCCUCGUUUAUCCACCGGUGCGCCUCGAGCCGACAACGCUUCCUCCUGGUUCACCGGUCUUCGGGGCUGUCACACCUCAGCAAACUCCGCGCUUCGUUUCUGGCGCGGGGUCUGUACCAGUACCAAGGACCGCCCUGACGCCGGUCCCCGGCACGCGUCAGGUUUCGCAGCCUCCGCAGGCCGCAACCACUCCAGCCCCACCGUGCGUGGUGACGGUGGGAAGGUUGUAGGCAUGGCCACUGUUGCAGAUAUCAGCAACUGUUUGGUUCCUAGUGGUGGGCGCCUGGCUGCUUGCUUCGAGAACUGCCAGGGAACCACGGGACAGUGUCUUGGCACCGUGAGCAUGAUCCAAGUCCAAGUGCGAUCAAUGAAGCCAGAGAUCUUGGGCUCGGCAGUGUGCGUUCGUGUUGCAGUCACGGUUGUCACGGGCUUCUUGGAAACCACGCAUAACACGAUUUCGGUCGCGCAGCUGGACCGGGCCCUGCCUCCUUCGCUGCCCCGGCCGUGGCUCAAAGAGACAGGAGGCGCCACGUGCGAUGCUGAUCAGGAAGCUUACGAGGUCGCUUGCAUGGAGCUCGCCGCCUUCCUCGCAUGGCUGAUUGCGCAGGCGCGUGCUCGCCGUGCCAUGGAGGUCUUGGCCGACAUGAAGAGCAGGCGCGGCUUGCUGGCAGAGGUGGCGACUUCCUGGAUGCGGCUUCCCGACGACACCAAGAUGGAAUGGAUACCUUCGGACCAUCAUGCUUUCCUCGCCGACGUGCUCACCUCGAGCCCUCUGCAGAAGGAGAGCUGGGUGCCCAAGCGGCGACUGCGCCGCAAGACCUGUGCGCAGGCCUUGCAAGGCAGGGCUUUGCUCCCUCUGUCCUCGGCCGAGAGGGACCCUUUUGUGCCUAAAAUCAAAUCCUCAAACCCUUGA